CAUCCCAACUAAAGUAAUGUAUGACUAACUACACCAAGUAUAUGAUACGCAUGGCAACAUCCUCGAACUAUAUGAUGCUAUGUAACUGACAUCAUUAGCCUAAUUACAGUAGCCGGAGAAAGACACGUGGAUGUCGGAGACUUAAUACUGUUAACUCUCCCGUUAAUUUGAUUUUAAACCAAGCUAAUUUACUUUAAAUUCAACCAGACCCAGACCAAAUAAAAGAAAAACAAUUUGGGUCUGGUUAUUUAAAAUCGACCCAAAACAAAAUAGUAACCCGACCCGAUCUGUUUCUUCUCUUCCUCUAUUUCUUCUUUCAUCGUGAAACAGAGACAUUUAACCUAAAUUGAAGUCGAAUCCAGCAACUACACAGAGGAAUCAGAUGGAUCUAAGCUCGGGGUCAUCAAGCAAUAGAAGGAACAGAGGUUAUGGUAAUCGCAGAGUAUGUGCUUGUCAGUUGCCUGCAAAGAUUUUCACAGCUUGGACAGAUAAGAAUCCUGGUCGGAGGUUCUAUGGGUGUGAAUUGUACAAGGAAGGGGAGAAUAACCAUUGCUCUUACUUUGCGUGGCUUGAUGAAGAAGAAGUGAAAGGUUGGGCUAAGAGAGCUUCGAUUCAAGCUCGAGAUGAAAUAAGAGAGAAGAAGAAACAGAUCAAUGAACUUACGGCCACCGUCAAUGAUCUAACGGCCACUGUCAAUGCACUUCGUAUGGAGUUGGAGCAGCAGAAGGUGGAGAAACCAGGUUCUCGUGAAAUGGUUGUGUAUCGUCCAACUGAGCUUCCUCAUUAA